UUAUUUUAAAUUUACCAUCAAAACACGGGGACCAUUUAGGUUUAGAGGUGAAAGUCUGCUCAUAGAAUCAGGAAAAAACAAACUGAGAGAGAGAAAGUAGCAAACAGUGAGAAAAGUAACAUGAGUUCUCCAAGCAAGGAAGGUGAUGAUAGUUCCAAAAUUUCAGUUCAAGAUGAUCAGAUCCGGCGAGCUCAACUACAAAUGCAAUUUCGCGGUACGAGAAAAGUUGAUUUCCAGACAAUGGAAGCCUAUGUGAAUGAAUUGAAAUCCAUAGCCAAUUCUCUAGCAGAAAUAGACAGUCCUAUAUCAGAUCCAAACAUGGUGUUGCAGCUUCUUGCUGGUUUGCCUAGUGAAUACUUACCCCUCCAGACAACAAUAUCAUCAAGGUGUCCUCUCCCUGCUUUUGAAGAAGUUUGUUCCAUGGUGUACAUGCAACAAGCCUUAUUAUCGAAGGAUCACGGAGAGCAAAUUACAGGUGAUCCUGGUGUUGUUGAUGCAAAGCAAUCGUCUGCUUUUUGUACCUUAGAGAAGUUGGUUACUGCAGGGACUACUGUAGUUGCUGUAGUGGGUACAGUGAGUACUGUAGUUGCUGCAGCCACUACAUUGAGUGGUGCAGUGGGUGCAGUGGGUGCAGUGGGUGCAUCGAGAAUGAUUGUAGCUGGUGCAAUGACUGCUGUAGCUGGUGCGGUGGCUGGCUGGAAACUUUGGCAAGCAAAUAAGUACACAAAUUAUUAAUGAUUAGUAUUAACAUACCCGUUUCCUUUGUGUUUGCUGUUUAAGUAAUGAGUUCUAAUUGAUCUGGUUAUACAAAAGCUUGAAUUACUACUACUACUAUUUAAAGUUUGUCUUUGAUAUGUGUGAUACGCAGUAUGAUGUGAAUUAGUUGGAAGUUCUACAAAAACUUUCCUUGUGUUUUGUAAUACUAUUAGUUUUCCUUUUUAGUUUUUUAAUAGUAAUUCAUUUACCCAGA